AUGCUGACCUCAAGCCACAACCAUACACCACCAAAGGUCUCGCCACGGGCGUCCUCCGAAACCGUUGCCCGACCAACCAAUAAUAAUCCACGCGUCCCCGAACACACUUGGAACGCACUCAAGCUGUCGAUCCCCAUGCCAAACUUUCUGAUUGAUCCCCAGGACGGCCAAUUCACGCCGUACUUCGAGCGCUCUCCAGUCUCGACGCCGGACCAGGAGUGCGACGAGCCGCACUACUUUGACCACCCCUACACCUCGUACGACUCGUCGCCGGACUCGGUCCUGAGCCCAUUGCGCUCCCGGGCCACCUCAAUAGCCCUGAAGAAGCUCAUGGAGACCCAGAUGCAGAUGCUGCUUGACAUCAGCGCGGCUUGGAAGAAGAAGUACCCUGUGGACGCAUUGGACGAGGCGCCCCGGAGCACGGCCCACGACGAGGACGAAGCAGCAGCGCCCUGCAUAAGUAGCAGCAGCAGCAGCAGCAAAGCUUGCGAGGUCCCGCCGGUGCCGACCAGUGCCACCCAGCCCGUGUCCUUUCUCCCCGCCAACCCUAUCUUCAUGAAAUCCAAUUGA